UCAUAUCAUAUAGGGGUUGGUAUUCACAAGCUAUCUGUAAAUGGUCACAUAUGUUUUCGGUCGCCAAGUUAUGCUUGUAAUUAUUAUAUUGCCAGGAUAGUGUGAAAAGUAUGAAUAAUAUUGAAGAGGACACCGAGGCGGCCUUCAAACGGCUCCAGGCCGUCAUUCCCCAGGUGAAGCAGGCCUACGAGGAAGCCAUUGGACAGAUCUUCUCGGAUUUAAACUCCUCAGAUCUUGAGUCGUGUGCCUCCAUCCUCGAGGAACACGAAUCCACAAGCCUGGACACCGAGCAAAUAGUCAGCAGCACCCGGCGGCUCAUGACCAAGAUCGUCCUCGAUGUGAACCAGUGCUUCUUCUCCGGCAACGACGUGGAGACCAAGCUGACGACGCUGGAAAUGCUCAAGGAGCAGUUUGCCGCCCACGAGGGCAAGAACUGGAACUUCAACAGUCUGUCCCCUGAGGAACUCACUCGCCCGCUGCGCAUGCACAACUUGAAUCUAAGCAUCGCAUUCAUGGAGCAACAGCUUAAGAUACAGGAAAAGGAACUCGAGAUUGCUAUGGCCAAAAGCAUUAAAAAUCGACAGCUUAUACAUGAUGUCCACGCUGAACGGUUGAAAGUGGGAUGUAUGAUGAAGCAGCAGAUGGCAGAGUAUCAGGCCAUAAAGCCACAACUAAUGGAAAUGGAACGGCUAAUAAAUGAUUCAUAUUUGUAGGAAGAAAUGUAAUUUUAUAAAAGAA